CUUGGGAGACCGGCCCCUCCCUUGGCGGGGGCGCGCGGCGCGCAGGACCGCACGGAAAGGGGGAAGUCAGGUGGCCGCUGCUGCCGCCGCCGCCACGGUUUGUCGCCAGAAGGAAGAUGGCGGAUCUGGAGGAGCAGUUGUCUGAUGAGGAGAAGGUACGUAUAGCAGCAAAGUUCAUCAUUCAUGCCCCUCCUGGAGAAUUUAAUGAAGUUUUUAAUGAUGUUCGGUUAUUGCUUAAUAAUGAUAAUCUUCUCAGGGAAGGAGCAGCCCAUGCAUUUGCACAGUAUAAUUUGGACCAGUUUACACCAGUAAAAAUCGAAGGUUAUGAAGAUCAGGUAUUGAUAACAGAACAUGGUGACUUGGGAAAUGGAAAGUUUUUGGAUCCAAAAAACAGAAUCUGCUUCAAAUUUGAUCACUUAAGAAAGGAAGCAACUGAUCCAAGACCUUAUGAAGCAGAAAAUGCAAUCGAAUCUUGGAGAACUUCAGUAGAAACUGCUCUGCGAGCUUAUGUAAAAGAACAUUACCCAAAUGGGGUCUGCACUGUGUAUGGUAAAAAAAUAGAUGGACAGCAAACCAUUAUUGCAUGUAUAGAAAGCCAUCAGUUCCAAGCAAAAAACUUUUGGAAUGGUCGUUGGAGGUCAGAAUGGAAGUUUACAAUCAGUCCUUCAAGCACUCAAGUGGUUGGCAUCUUGAAAAUUCAGGUUCAUUAUUAUGAAGAUGGUAAUGUUCAGCUAGUGAGUCAUAAAGAUAUACAAGAUUUUCUAACAGUGUCUAAUGAGGUGCAAACAGCAAAAGAAUUUAUAAAGAUUGUAGAAGCUGCAGAAAAUGAAUACCAGACUGCCAUCAGUGAGAAUUACCAGACAAUGUCGGAUACUACUUUCAAAGCCUUACGUCGACAGUUGCCAGUUACACGUACUAAGAUUGAUUGGAACAAGAUCCUUAGCUACAAGAUCGGCAAAGAGAUGCAGAAUGCAUAAGAUGAACAUUGCAUGACCGGAUCAUUUCAGCGUCUUUGCGUUAAGAAAAAAAAUUAUUGCAAAAGUAUUCAGAACUGUCAGACUGCCCAGUCAGAUGGGCUGUUGCCAUUUAAAAUCACUGUAAUUAAUUAGUUUGGUUAGAGCACAAAGCUUAGCUAAUCAACCAUUAUUUUUCACUUCUUUUGUUCUAAGAGGAUUGAAAAUGAAUUUAGUUUAAAUGCCUCUUACUUUGUUAUUCCUUUCUUAAAAUGAAGAGAUGAUUCCUCUAGUUUAUGGUGAAAAGUUUUUGAAGUAUUUCGAAAGUAUUUUACUUACUGUAACCCUAAAAUUGUUACCUUUUGGCUUACGAAAUGGGUAACUUUUGCUAUUAGCCCAAUUCUUUUUAAUGGGGUCACUAAUGGACAUUCUAGUUUAAGGUGGUUGAUGGACUUAGCCAUGUAUGCUGCUAAAGAAAUUGUCUACCUUUUCUCCUCACCUCUUCCACUGAUGAAAGAUUGAGAUUAGAGGGAAAGUGUUUUCUAGAUCACUUUAUGUUUAGACCUUUCGGUAAGGUUAUUUAGCUAGCUUAGUGUUUAACUAAACUUUUUUUUAAAAAACAAGGCCAAAAUCUAUUGCUGUUUUGAGAUUCUGAAAUUAAAUGAGAAUACUUAUUUCAGAAAUGCAUUUAAUGCUUUUUUUCUUGUGACAGUUACGCAAAUUAGCUUGAAUUCCAUAUGUCCCUGAGUUAUUUUUAUCACAAAGCCACAAAUGUAUUAUAACAAGGCAAAUUGUAAUAUAUAUAAUCCUGAACUCA